UCAUUUUCGACUGGCAUGUUCAUCCCGCCCAAGAAAAUCGCACUGGCUUUUGCUUAUCUGCUUAUGGAAGAUUCUGAGAUUGCUGAUAACGCAUCGUCGAUAGUUUUAUCUGGAAAAUGGGUGGCUCGAGUAUGCACUGAUGGUGCCGUCCUUUUCGUAGACACUGUUGGACAUUUUGUACAGUGGGAGCAUCCUAAAACCUUGCAGCGUUUCCAGACUGAUAAGCAUCUUCCAUUUGGGUCUGAGAGAAUAGUCGUCAACUCCGACGAAGUUUUGUUUGUAAAUCAUUUGCAAAAAUCAACAUCCUACCUCGAUCCACGUUUAAAAUUUGCUGUUCCCGUCGGUGAGAAAUUAAUUUCCAUGGACGAGCUCAAACAGCGAUUCGACGCAAAUUCCACCGCUGAGCAGGUUCUCAGUGGCCUUGAGUUAACCGGGAAAACAUUCUUGGUAACUGGAGGAACAUCAGGAAUUGGCACUGCUACCGUGCAGGCUUUGGUGCGGAAGGGAGCACAUGUUGUUUUCACCGGACGCGAUGCAAAGAAGGGUUCGGAGAUCUGUCGAUCUCUUCAGAUCGAGAAUCCACAACACCAGGCGGAUUUCGUCCCACUUGAUCUCACUUCUCAUGAAAGUGUUAGAUAUUUUUCCGAACGACUAAUCGCCAAGCAAAUACCACUUCAUGGUUUGAUCUUAAACGCCGGAGUAUUUGGCACACCUUACCAACAAACAAUUGACGGAUAUGAGAGUAUGUUCCAGAUCAACGUUUUGAGUCAGUUAUACCUUUUGAUCUUGCUAAAGCCACUCUUAACUGCAUCUUCACCGUCGAGAGUGAUAUUCGUUUCCAGUGAAUCCCACAGGGGAUCCGAUAUUUCGCUCGCUACGUUGACUCAAAGUACGCUUUCGCCACCUCAGCGAUCAUAUUCUGCAUGGAUGCAAUACGCCAAUACGAAGUUGUGUCAAAUCAUUCUGGCGAAGUAUCUACAGGAACACUGGUCGAAGGAUGGAAUAACCUUCUAUUCUCUUCAUCCGGGAAAUAUGGUUAAUACCGGCCUUAGUCGGUCUUGGUGGGUGUGGAGGCUAGCUUUCGGAUUGGUACGGCCCUUCACUAAAAGUUUGGAACAAGGAGCGGCAACUACAGCCUACUGCGCCGCUGCACCGGAACUGGCUAGAAUAGGCGGGAAAUACUGGAAUAAUUGUUGGUUAUGCGAUCCUAUCAAAGUGGCAGAUGAUACUCGAUGUGCUGAGAAAUUAUGGGAUAUUUGCCAAGAAAUGAUCGGAAAAUUUGGAAGGUUGUGAAGACACUGAAUUCUGACUCAAAAUUGUCUGUGAAAUUUGCGUUUCUAGUCUUAAGUAGUUUGGUUGCCGUCGACAAGAGAUCGGUUUUCGUACCAAACUGGAUGGAAAUGAGAAAGGGAAAUGAGAAUUUUUGACAAAGAAAUACUUCAGCAUGUUCUAGUAGAAUAGAUGCAAACUAUAAUAUGUAACUCCGAAGUACAGUGCGCUGAAUUUAUUCAUUUUUAUUGAUACUGACGGUUCCAAAAAAUUCCAAGGUGGAAAAGAACAGAUAGUAAAG